AUGGAGGAGCACAGUGCUGCCCUUUGCCUAUGGGGUAACUGCCUCCCCUGCCUUCACCACGUAUGCCCUGACAAUCCUAGUCUUUCCAGCAAUGCACUGUUGCACUGUUUCAUCAUUUUCCAGUCACCUGAAGUAGAAGGAUUUUACCCCAUUUCCAAAACAGCCCAUAGGUAUAAGGAAAAAUUACCUUCCAAGUGCUUUCAAGAACGAGUCAGUAACAAAGAGAGAUUCUCCGAUGCUCUCAACAGCCAGCGAUGGAGAUUUUUGAAAAGUGGCCUGGAUGAUUUCAGAAAUGGGUGCCCUCCACCUUCCGACAACAUAAUAAUUCAAGGCACAAAAGGGCCUAUCCCAAUAAUCCUACAUUAUAAGAAAACCGAUGCUUCACAGAUGGUACCUUACAAAUCCAGAGACUUGCUGAGUAAAAGCAACGUUGUUUACUCCAAACUCACUACAACUCAGAAAGCCAAGAAGGACUACAUUGCCCAGACUGAGCACUGCCUGAUGCAACACCCACUGGCACUUUAUCCUCAUCUGGAAGAGAGCGUGCCUCCAGAGCUUUUCCAUGAUGUUGUGAAGCUCCUGGAUCCUGAGAUGCAUCUGACGAGAACAUCCCUUAAUUAUAGCAAAGAUGAUGUGACCAUUCCUUCCCCUGCUCAGCAUCAUCUGAAGUAUGACAUGAACCCAAAUAGAAGCUACAGCUCCACCCUUCCCUGGAUGCGCAAAAGCAAGAACCCGUACACCUGGUUUAGCGAAAAAGAGGUGGCCAAGAGAAAACAAGCAGCCCAGAUAGCUUACAUUCCUCCCCUGGAUAAGAAUGUCAAGCGUGUAACAAAGGAGUUUUGUGAAUGGGUCAACGCAAUGGGAGGUGAAAAGUAUAACAUCGACGAAGGCACCAUCAUGAAGUUGUUUGACACGAGUUACGAAACUGAUAUCAAGACAGCAGCACCCAUUAAAAUAGUGGAGCUCUAUCAAAUACCAGCAGAGCUAAGACAAUACCUGGGGAAGGUCCCAGCCCGGAAGAGAGUUAGGAGUUCCACAAAGCUAACACCUUCUGAGCCCAAAUGGGAAAAGAUUAAAUACGGAGCCUGGUACCUCCCUCCCAAGAAAUGGAAAAAGAGACGAGUAACUGAAAAGGAAGAAAUUCCUGAAUGUCUGAAAGUCUUUCUGAACGUCAGGAAGAAGAUUGCCCAAAAGGGCAAGGGAGUACAGGAACCACCACUUCAUGGAACGUACGCCUUUGAACGAUUCCUUGAAAUGAAAGGCUACAGGAAGCCUGAGUUUCUUCUGCAGAUGUUGGCUGCAAGUCGUUCUGACAAGGUAGCAGAAGACAGUGAAUAUUUAUCCAGGAAGGUCCUUGAAAGCUUUAAAGUACCCUCUUCCUCAAUCAUUUAA